UUCUGGGCCACACAGGGUUCAAAUUGAAGAUAAAACGAAAGGAAGCUUCUCUUUCUCUAUCUUGCCCUGAGAGUCCCUCAUUCCAGCAUCUUAAGACACCUAGAAUGCUUCUGAUUAAACCCUAAUUAUCUGAUCACAGAGUCGUCCUUUUUCGUUUUUGGCGCAAUUUUUUGACCAAAGGCACUUAUCAGAAGAUUUAUCAGAAGAUGGCCAUAGCUCCAUUCAAGCUCGCCAUUUCUCUUGGCAAUUGGGAUAGUGGUCAUAGUAUCAGUAGUAAAGGAGCCUCACAUACUUGUUGUAACCCAUUGAUAUCGAGGAAUCCAUGGAUUUAUUGCUUUAGAAGCUCGAGAUCACUGAGCAUUCAAAAGAGGGUUGGUGUUUUCUGCGAAGCAGUAACAGAAUCGAAAGGGGCUGGUGCAGGGUUGGCCGCUAACUUCGGCCAAGAUCGUCUUUCAAAGGUCCCAAUAUCAAAUAUCAGAAACUUUUGCAUUAUUGCACACAUCGACCAUGGGAAGUCAACUCUGGCCGACAAGCUAUUGCAACUGACUGGCACAGUUGAUAAAAGGGACAUGAAAGAACAGUUUCUUGAUAACAUGGAUUUAGAGAGAGAGAGGGGUAUCACUAUCAAACUGCAGGCAGCUCGAAUGCGUUAUGUCAUGGAUAAUGAGCCAUAUUGUUUAAAUCUCAUUGACACUCCGGGUCAUGUUGAUUUCUCCUACGAGGUUUCCCGUUCUCUUGCUGCGUGUGAGGGUGCUCUUCUUGUUGUAGAUGCUUCACAGGGUGUGGAAGCUCAGACACUGGCUAAUGUUUAUUUGGCACUUGAAAAUAACCUGGAAAUCAUCCCUGUCCUGAACAAAAUCGAUCUCCCAGGUGCUGAAUCAAAUCGUGUUAUUCAAGAGAUUGAAGAGAUAAUUGGUUUAGAUUGUCGUGGUGCCAUUCAAUGCUCUGCAAAGGAGGGAGUUGGUAUAACAGAAAUUCUAGAUGCUAUUGUAACGAGGAUCCCCCCUCCCCAAGAUACUGCUGCAAUGCCAUUUAGGGCUCUUAUAUUUGAUAGCUAUUAUGAUCCAUAUCGAGGUGUUAUUGUUUAUUUUCGCGUUACUGAUGGAACCAUAAGGAAAGGAGACAGAAUAUAUUUUAUGGCUAGUAAGAAGGAGUAUUAUGCUGAUGAAAUUGGUGUUCUAUCACCGGGUCAAAUGCAAGUGGAUAAAUUAUAUGCUGGUGAGGUGGGUUACCUUGCUGCUUCUAUAAGAUCUGUUGCCGAUGCAAGAGUUGGUGAUACUAUUACUCAUUUUGGCAGAAGAGCAGAUAAAUCCUUGCCUGGUUAUGAAGAAGCCACCCCUAUGGUCUUUUGUGGCCUGUUUCCUGUAGAUGCUGACCAGUUUGGUGAGUUGCGAGAUGCUCUAGAGAAACUCCAACUGAAUGAUGCCGCUUUAAAUUUCGAGCCUGAAACUUCGAGCGCCAUGGGCUUUGGCUUCCGAUGUGGAUUUCUGGGUCUGCUCCAUAUGGAAAUUGUUCAGGAAAGGCUUGAGAGAGAGUACAAUUUAAAGCUAAUAACUACUGCUCCAAGCGUCGUUUACCGAGUUAAUUGUGUGAAUGGUGAUACAGUUGAGUGCUCUAAUCCGUCUGCACUUUCGGAUCCAGGAAAGCGGAAAUCUAUUGAGGAGCCAUAUGUAAAGAUAGAGAUGAUCACACCUAAAGAUUAUAUCGGUUCCCUCAUGGAGCUUGCUCAAGACAGACGUGGUUUGUUUAAAGAAAUGAAAUUUAUCACUGAGAAUCGGGCUUCAAUUGUCUAUGAGUUGCCGCUGGCAGAGAUGGUGGGGGAUUUCUUUGAUCAGCUGAAGUCUAAGAGCAAAGGUUAUGCCAGUAUGGAGUACUCUUUUGUGGGGUAUAGGGAAAGUGAAUUGAUAAAGCUUGAUAUUCAAAUCAAUGGAGAGCUAGUAGAGCCAUUAGCGACCAUUGUUCACAGAGAUAAGGCUUAUGCUGUAGGGAGGGCUUUGACUCAAAAACUGAAGGAACUUAUACCUCGUCAUAUGUUUAAAGUACCUAUCCAAGCAUGCAUUGGUGCUAAGGUGAUUGCUAGUGAAUCUCUAUCAGCUAUUAGGAAGGAUGUUUUAUCAAAAUGCUAUGGUGGUGACAUUACAAGGAAGAAGAAGUUGCUGAGAAAACAGGCUGAAGGAAAGAAAAGGAUGAAGUCAAUUGGUAGAGUUGAAGUUCCUCAGGAGGCUUUCAUGGCUGUUUUGAGAUUGGAAAAGGAGGUUAUCUGAUAUUUGUUUAAUGGAAAAUAAACUUUGUAUCAUUAUUUGGGGGCAGAAGAGGUCUUCAAUAUGAUGUUUAUUUCUUCAAAGCAUUUUAUGUCAAAAAUUGUUGCCAUGCCUAUUAUUAUUGCUGUCUGAAUUAUGACUUUGUGAUUUGCUUCGCUCAGAAAGAGGGAACAUGUGAUGCAUUUCUCAAAGCUGGACUUUCACAGUUUAAGAACCUUACAUCAGAUCAAACAUAGUGGAAGAAAUUGCUUUGCAGUGGACAUAAUAACAUUCUAUGUUUAUGAAAAAAUUUUCCAUUUCAAUGAUAGAAAUCAGCCCCCAAACUUCGGGCGAGGUUGCUAA